GACAAGAGGAACAGCUUCAGCUGCUGUACGCCGACCGCACAAUAGGCACACAAUCAGAAAGGGGUCUCUAUACGGAUGAAAACGCAAUCGUAUCACUUGGAUUAUUAUCGGUUUAUCCUUUACUCCACUGUGAUAUCACUAAUGCUGAUCGGAUACAUUAUCGACCACCAACAAUAGCGCCAUGAGCGGGGUUCUCAAGAGGAAGUACGAGGAGGUGGAGGAGGACCCAUGCUACUCUUCAUCCUCCCCUUCCUCUCUCUCCUCCUCUGCCUUCUCCGAGUGGGACUCCGAUGGGGAGAGCUGCUACUCGGACACCCUGGAUUCGAGCCCCAGCAACCCUAACUCCCCAGCAACAUCAUAUAACACCACUUCCAUUCUUAAGAAGGCCAAGCGCACACGACGAGGCAACGUGCAGUUUGACCAGGUUACGGUUUUCUUCUUCCCUCGCUGCCAGGGCUUCACCAGCGUGCCCAGUCGCGGAGGCUGCACCCUGGGCAUGGUGCAGAGGCACAGUGCCCAGCGCUGCUACACCUUGGCUGAGUUUGCGGUAGAACAGCGUCAUCUACGGAGAGAGAAACUGAAGAACAGAAUGAGGGAAGAGAAACUGGAAGCUCUAAAGCUGAAGCUUACCAAAAAUGGUACCCAAGCGUCCGAAGAGGCUGACAGACUGACUAUUGAAGACAUCCCCGAGGAUGAAAUCGACAUUAGUGGAGUAAACUUGGAUGAUGGUUCCUUCCUGCAUCCUUACCCUUCUAAAAAAAGACACACCAUCCUCAAAGCAGCUGGCAUUAAGAAGAUCGAUAAAGAGGAGAAGCGACAACUGCACGAGCUGCGUAUGUCAAGGGAGGACUGCGGAUGUGACUGCCAGGGCUUCUGCGAGCCAGAAAGUUGCAGCUGCAGUUUGGCUGGGAUCAAGUGUCAGAUGGACCACUCAUCAUUCCCAUGUGGAUGCACUAAAGACGGUUGUGGGAACACGGAGGGCCGCAUCGAGUUCAACUCUAGCCGAGUUCAGACGCACUACAUCCACACCAUCAUGAAGCUAGAGCUGGAGAAGCGUCUGGAGGAGCACACAACAGAAAAUGAGACUGCUUUUGAAGAAAAGCGAGAUUGCACAGGCCAUCCACCAGAGAGCAGCACAGUGCCACACACUCCCGCCUUUCACUUUAGCUCGGAGCUAGUAGCUGCAGGAGAGAACAGCUGUAGCAGUGACAUGACCGAUUCGUCUAGUUCUUCAGGCCAGAGCGAGGACUCUGAAGUCGUCAAAAGCUCUCAGUGCAAGCAAUCGUCGUUAGAUGUUGACGAAAACGGACUUAAGAGAAUUUUAAGCUUUAGUGAUACAGACAAUGAGGACUGCCCUGUUAGGAGUAGAGACACUGAGCAUUGCAACGAUAACUGCGAGUAUAAGCAGAAAAAGAGCGAGUUGUCAUCUGUGGGGUACGGAAUCUUUAGCACAGCAGACGUUUCUCCCAGCGACAAUAAGCUUAGCAAGUCGCAAACAGACUCUUGCAUGGACAGUAGUUGCACAGCCAUAUCUGAGCACUUAGAUGAGAAUGCUAAUCAAGGCAAUGCUCUGUUCCACAAUGGAUCUGUACCGCACACCCCCUCGCCCUCCAUCGAUCACUCGGCCAGCUAUAUGGACCUGAGCCUCUCCUCAGAAUCAGACCUUGAGUUCUUUGAUGGCUUCCCUUGUCUGGGCCCUAGCUCGCUCUACAACUCCCUCAAGGAGUACGAGCAUGUGGACAACUUUUUUCAGUUCCAGUUGCCUGGUUACCCCAGCCUUCCUCAAGCCGCCGACCCAGGCACUUGUCUCCUGGAAUCUCUGAUUGGCUUGUCAGAUUCUGUACCAGAACCCCCAGCUACAUUCACGGACAACCAGAUGCUUGAGGACGCAAUGAAGCUUUCAGUGAUGGAGUCUGUAAAGGUCUAAUGGGGACAUAGCUGUUGUAUGAUCACUGUAUAGAACAAUUUGGGGAUUGUAAAUGAAUGACAUUUUCUCUUAACUUUAUGAAUGGAGACAAUAAUGGCCCUCCAUCCAAGGCUAUCAAUAUUUGCAUUAUCUGCCUUGAAGAUGUUAGCAAAGCAUUAAUUUAUAACAGUCUUUAUUAUCAUUUUUAUUAACGCCAUCCCAGUGGCAGCUAACAUUUCAGUUCAAAAAAAGGUAUGGCUGACUGAUAUUUGAAUAUUUGUACAUAUGGCCAGGAAGGUGAAGAAUUUCUCACCCACAUUGGUGGUAUUAUAAUUUACCAUUAUUAUUGUUAUUAUUAUUGCCAAGGUUAUUUAUAUGAAAUCAAAAGGGGCACAGAUAGGAGUCUUGAAUUAAUGCUGAUUAUGUAUCUCAGGGACUUUUUCUAGCUUUUGAAAGUAAUGCAUUUGACCAUAGCUGUUAUGGAUCUUAUUUGGCCUUUUUUCGAGAAUUUUCACCAAACCACAAAGAGCAUUUAAAUGGCCCCCUUUUUGGGUGCUUCUGUCUCUGUCAGUUUUGGACUUGAGAUUAAGGGUGGUCUGUACUUUUAUUGCAAAGCUAGAGGAAGACUCCUGUUCCACAAAACAGCUCCUUGGGAUUUAUAAUGGUACACAAAUCCCCCAGAGGCUCCACAGUUAGCACUUUAUCUGUGAAAAAAACAAACACACACACAAAACAAUCGGAGAACAAAUGGGUCAGUUUUGCAUUCACACUAUUGUCUCUGAGUUAUAGAUUGUUUUCAUGCCAUUUUCUGGUUUUGGAUCCUCAGCACAAGGUGAAAGUAAGCAUUGUCUUUAAUUUAUUAUACACACCACAGAAAUCUCAGUUUUAAGUCAUAUUCAUUAUGGAAGAGCAUAUAACUGAUAUCUAUUGACCAUUAUUUCUAAUUGCAUUUUAUUUAUUCUUACAGAGUUAUUUAUUUUUUUUGUUUAUCUCCGAAUGCCAGCUGAAUAUAUCUGAGCCACACUGUGCUCUGGAGAAGCUGAAUUAAGCAGCUUAUUUUAGCAUUUUUGGGAUCUCUGUUCACAUUUCCCACCUUAAAUACAUGAACCUGUGUGAAGCACAUCUUUUUGUCUUUUAUUAAUGUUUCAUUUGUAGUUGUGGAGGAAGGGGCACCAACAGCAAAGUAUUUAAUAAUCUAUUAUAUUGCUAUGAAGUAACACUUUGUUUAAAUUAUUUCACAGUUCGCAUUUGAGUGGAAAUUAAUUUAUUCAGGGUUGGGCAAUAAAAAGAAUGGUGUGUUUAAAGAAAAAAAGAAGAAAUGUUUACUAUUUGUGCCUAUUAACACGAGGAGCCAUGGUUUCCAGUCUAAUGAAUAAAUUUUUGUAGCUGAUGCUGUAUAAUCUACCUAUUAAUUAAAUCAGAAUUAUGGGUCUGUUUCAUUACAGAUCAAGAUAUUGCCUACGAUAACAGAGAAUUAACAUUUUGUAACUAUGUAGAUUUGAGAAAAUUCUAAUCUGUAUUAUUUACAAAUUAUUUUAUUAAUAAAUUAAAUCUACAAUGUUAUUCAAAUAUUGAAAGAUUUGUAAUAUAUUGAUAUAGCCAAACCUAUGCUUGAGUAGGCUUUUCUGGCCAGGUAUGUGCAUAGUGAAAACACAGGCACAGAAAUAUCCAAUUUCCUAUGUCUGUACAAUGUUAAUACCUAAAGGACUAUACCAAGCUAAAUUUGUUAGUACUCAGAAUGGUUGAGCAGACACAACUGACAACAUAAUUUUGUGGGUAUAAAUUAGUAGUUUCAAAAACGUCCUGUGGAUAAAUCCUGCAUAUAUUAUGCAACGUGUAUUAUAUUAUGCAAGAAAAUGCAUUUGUUUUGCCCAUAUCAUUUUCACUUCAAAAUGAAGACAUUUAAGGGUUGUGUUUCUGAAUGAGCUGAGAGGAACUAAAUCGGAGACAAUGUACAUAUCUGACCAUCCACACUUCAGCUGUUGGCGCAACAUGUUCGGAGUAUUUGCAUGACCUGUUCAUACAUUUGUCUCAGUACUAUAUGCGUUUAGAGAUCAAAAAUUCACAAUCAGAAAUGUAUUUGCAUUUUUUUUUUUUUUUGCCUUCAUGUGCUGUUCUUGAAACUAGUUAGGAUUCAUUUCCAUGGCCAAGUGGGCAUGGCUUAAUUCAUUCAAGUCCAGUUUAUUCCAUUGUAAAGAUGUAUCACCUCAUCACAAUGAAAUGGAAAUGACUGGUAUUUAUUAGUCAUGAUUGAUGUAUGUUUUGAUCUAUGAUGCUUUUCAAAGUGUUUUUUACUUCUGCCUUUUUUUGUUGUAUAUAUUUUCUGCUUAAAUGAAACUAAAGACAAAACCAAGCAGUUCUUUUAUAUUAUAUUUUCACGCUUAACAGAUUCAAGCUGUUCAUUUCAUUUGUCAUUUGACAGAAGCUUGUUCCUUCAAAAUAAAAGUCCAGCUUUUUCUUAAA